AUGAAGCCCCAGCAGGCCGGGACGCGGGGGGGGAAACCCCGCGGGGCCUUGAACGCACCGUCGCUCGAGGACGAGCUCGUGGCGGCGAUCCACGGCGCCUUUGAAGUGGCCGUGGAGAUCGCCGUGCGCGAGGUGAAGUCCCUUAUCGGACAGGCGACCGGGGACCUGUGCGGGGAUCUGCGGCGGGAGAACGAGUCCCUGCGGGGGAGGCUGCGCAGGGCGGAGGCCGUGCUGCGGGACCUGUGCGGGGCUCGAACCCGCGACCCCCGGAGCCCGCAGCCCGAAGGCGAGGAGCUCCAGGCCGCCCACAGCCGCCCGGAUCCGGCCCCAAACGGAGGGAGUGGGGGGGACACGUCCAGCCCCGGAGCGGUGGGAGAGAGUGGAACAGAGACGGUGAAACGGAGAAACGCAGGAUGCCUUACAGAUCUCACUGAGAAGAUCUCCAUCACCUGUGAGGUGAAGGUGGAAGAGGUGAGCCCCCCGUGUGGAGGCCCCCCCUCAGAGGUCCCCGUAAAGCAGGAGGAGCCAGAGGAGGAGGAACACGCCACAUCUGGCUGUCUGGACCUGGUCAAAGAGGAGGAUUGGACCCUGGAGGGCCCGACGUGGGCAGAAGAAGAUGUUCAGAGUCCAGACCCGAUGGCUCUGACCAGCAGCAGCAGGCUGGAGCCGGGUGAGUUACGGAGGCCCAGGAGCAGCAAACUCUCCACCUCCGAACUUCCCCCCGUCCCCGGACCCUCAUCCCGUCCCCUCGGACUUCUCCCCCGUCUUCCCCCCGGCGGACCGGCUGUUCCCCCCCCCCGGGCCCCCCCCCCCCCGCAGGUCUACGGGGUCCAGGUGCGGCUUCACACCUGUCGGUUCUGCGGCUCCGGCUUCCCGCUGCCCAGCCUGCUGCGCCGCCAUUACUCCCAAUGCCCUCAGCGGCUCCAGCCCCCGGUGGGGGGGGCGGCGGGGGGGGCGGAGCCAAAGCCAAAAGGGGGCGGGGCCAGGCUGUACGCGGCGGGCCGCAGCCCCUACCGCUGCACCGUGUGCAGCCGCGAGUUCAACCGCAUGGAGAACCUGCGCACGCACCUGCGCAUCCACACGGGCGAGCGGCCCUACACCUGCUCCGUCUGCGCCAAGUGCUUCCGCCACUCGGGGGCGCUGACCAGACACUUCCGCAUCCACACCGGGGAGAAACCCUACGUCUGCGCGCAGUGCGGGAAGUCCUUCAGGAACUGCGGCGGCCUCAAGUUCCACCAGCGCUCGCACGGAAACGCCCCGCCUCACAACAGUUCAUCUGAGAACCUGCGCAUCCACACCGGGGAGAAACCCUACGUCUGCGUGCAGUGCGGGAAGUCCUUCAGGAACUGCGGCGUCCUCAAGUUCCACCAGCGCUCCCACGGCAACGGCCCGCGUCUCCAGGCCUGA